AAAUAACAAAACAAUCAAAUGAUCAAAUCAACACUCACAUGACACAAACAACCAAAUCUUAAAUCUUUUUGAUAUUGUCCCUCCUGUUCCACGAGUUAAGACAAUUCAAAACCUUAUCCUUACACUUUUUCUAUUCAAUAAUUUAGCACUCUCAUGGAAAACAUAAACUGACAGCUACUUUUUGUCACAACUAACAUUAAUUUCCACGUUUCAUAACUAAGCUACAAACAAAUACGAUAACUAUUGCACACAAUCAAUCAUCCACCACUUGGAGUGCUGUGCUAUUGCUUGCUUGUUUAUUCUUGAAUCAAUGGAUACUAGUGUAACUGUACUAUGGUUUUUACUACUUUUCUUUUCUCUCUCUAUCCAUUCCUCUGAAUCCAAAUUCAUCAGAUACAAUACUAAUGCAACCAUUGUUCCUGGGAAGCUCAAUGUUCACUUGGUUCCUCACACUCACGAUGAUGUUGGUUGGUUGAAAACCGUUGAUCAGUACUAUGUUGGUUCCAACAACUCCAUUCAGGUGGCUUGCGUUCAAAAUGUGCUUGAUUCCCUUAUACCGGCUUUGUUGGCAGACAAGAAUCGUAAAUUCAUCUAUGUUGAACAGGCUUUCUUCCAGCGUUGGUGGAGAGAGCAGAGUGAAUAUGUUCAGCAAACAGUCAAGCAGCUGGUCAAUUCUGGUCAAUUGGAGUUCAUAAAUGGUGGUAUGUGUAUGCAUGAUGAGGCUGCUACACAUUACAUUGACAUGAUUGAUCAGACAACCCUUGGACAUAGAUUCAUCAAAGACGUACAUGCAUCAGACGAAUUCGGCAUAACUCCGAGAAUAGGAUGGCAAAUCGAUCCGUUUGGACAUUCUGCUGUGCAGGCCUACUUGUUGGGAGCAGAGGUUGGAUUUGAUUCUUUAUUCUUUGGACGGAUCGACUACCAAGAUCGAGCAAAGAGAAAAGGUGAAAAAAGUCUGGAGGUUGUGUGGCAGGGCUCUAAGAGCUUUGGUUCAUCUGCACAGAUAUUUUCUGGUGCGUUCCCUGAGAAUUAUGAACCUCCAACAAGUAAUUUCUACUUUGAAGUAAAUUCUGAAUCUCCAAUUGUUCAGGACGAUAUUGAUUUGUUCGAUUACAAUGUCGCUGAUCGAGUAAAUGAUUUUGUCGCAGCUGCAAUAUCACAGGCCAAUAUAACGCGCACAAAUCAUAUAAUGUGGACAAUGGGGACAGAUUUCAAGUACCAAUAUGCACAAACCUGGUUUAGGCAACUAGACAAGUUUAUUCAUUAUGUUAAUCAGGAUGGACGGGUUCACGCAUUAUACUCUACCCCGUCAAUAUAUACUGAUGCAAAACAUGCUGCAAAUGAAGCCUGGCCAAUCAAGACCGAUGACUUCUUUCCGUAUGCAGAUCGUGUAAAUGGUUACUGGACGGGGUAUUUUACAAGUAGGCCAGGACUCAAAGGUUAUGUUAGAUUUUUGAGUGGCUACUACUUGGCAGCAAGGCAGUUGGAGUAUUUCAAAGGGAAGAGUGCCUCGAGUCCUAAUACUGACUCUUUGGCUGAUGCUUUGGCUAUUGCGCAACACCAUGAUGCUGUAUCUGGUACAGAAAAGCAGCAUGUGGCUAAUGAUUAUGCGAAGCGGCUUUCAAUAGGUUACACAGAGGCUGAGAAAGCUGUUGCUGCAUCACUUUCUUUCUUGGCAGAAGCAGCAAACAAAACUGAUGGUAGGACUCCACAAAUUAAAUUUCAACAGUGUCCACUUCUUAACAUAAGUUACUGUCCUGCAUCAGAAGCAGGCUUCUCAGAUGGGAAAGACCUGGUUGUCGUCGUUUACAAUCCUCUUGGACGGAAAAGAGAGGAUGUUAUAAGGAUUCCUGUUGCCAAUGAAAAUGUUGUUGUUCGGGAUUCGAGUGGGAAAGAAAUCCAAUCCCAGCUUCUGCCAAUUCCUGAUGCUUUUCUUGGUUUAAGAAACUACUACGCGAAAGCAUACCUAGGAGUUUCUCAAAGUGUAAGCCCUAAAUAUUGGCUUGCUUUUUCAGCCAUUGUUCCUCCACUUGGUUUUAGCACCUACUAUGUGUCUAAAGCUAAACAAGCAGCUACUAUUUCAGAUAGCAAUAAAUAUAAAUCAGGGAGUCACAGCGAUACGUUUGAAGUAGGCCUAGGAAACUUGAAACUGAUUUACUCUGCGAAGGAAGCGAAACUUACUCAAUAUAUUAACACAAAAAGGAAGGUCAAAGAAUCUAUAGAUCAGACAUACAAGUUUUACGCCUCUUAUGGAGAUGACUUUACAGAUACUGCUCAGGCAUCUGGAGCAUAUAUUUUUCGCCCCAACGGUUCAUCGAUUCCCAUCAAUUCCAACAAAAAGUCUCCUCUCACUGUUUUGCGGGGACCAAUCGUGCAUGAAGUGCAUCAGAAGAUCAAUUCAUGGAUAUACCAGACCACCAGAUUAUUCAAAGGAAAAGAACAUGCUGAAGUUGAGUUUAUUGUUGGGCCUAUACCGAUUGACAACGGAGUUGGCAAAGAAAUUGCAACCGAGAUUAAAACAAAUCUAGAAAGCAGCAAAACCUUCUAUACUGAUUCUAAUGGACGCGAUUUCAUUGAAAGGGUUCGAGACUAUAGAAAAGACUGGAACUUAGAAGUAAAUCAACCUGUUGCAGGAAAUUAUUACCCUAUCAAUCUUGGAAUUUACCUAAAAGAUAAACAAAGCGAGUUUUCUGUAUUGGUAGAUAGGUCUGUAGGCGGUUCUAGCAUCCAAGAUGGACAUGUGGAGCUAAUGGUUCAUAGGAGGUUACUUGUUGACGAUUCUAGAGGUGUUGCAGAGGCCCUAAAUGAAACAGUUUGCGUAUCUGAUAAGUGCGCAGGGUUAACAGUUUUAGGAAAGUACUAUUUCAGAAUUGAUCCUGUUGGAGAGGGUGCUAGAUGGCGUCGAACAUUUGGUCAAGAAAUAUACUCACCGUUGCUUUUAGCCUUCACAGAGAGCGAAGGUAACUGGGGAGAUUAUCAUGUCACAACAUUCUCGGGAAUAGAUUCGUCAUAUAACUUACCGGAAAAUGUUGCAAUAAUAACUCUCCAGGAUCUUGGUAACGGAGAAGUUCUUCUUCGGCUAGCGCACUUAUUUGAGAUUGGCGAGGAUGUGAAUCUUUCGGUUAAGUCAAGCGUAGAACUCAAAAAAGUGUUCGGCAAUAAACAGAUAAACAAAGUAACUGAGGCGAGUUUAUCAGCAAACCAAGGAAGAGCAGAAAUGGAGAAGAAGAGAUUAGUGUGGCAAGUUAAAGGAUCAUCUCUCGAACCGAAGGUGUCAAGGGGAGGGCCAGUCGAUCCAGAAAAGCUAAUAGUAGAACUUUCUCCAAUGGAAAUAAGAACCUUUAUCAUCAAUUUUAAGCACUAAAGGUGCAUUGGGAGGGAAUGUAUCUUUUAACAUGUAAUUUUAAGCACUUGUUUAAGAAUCAUGAUGAGAAACAUCAAACACAAAUUUUCAUCUAAUAAAAAACACAGUCUCUCUCUCUCUCCGA